AUGAAGGUCGUUUUCACCAUCGCUGCUUUGUCUGUUGCCGUCGCCGAGUAUUGUCAGGAUAUUUGUGAUGGUUAUUCUCCCUGUGCUGACUCCAAGUAUGGCUCCUACUGCAAGGGCAACGGUGUCUGCUUCGGCCUCUACCACAAGGAUGAUGGUUAG